AUGACCGAUAUAGCUUCUAAAUUAUCAGGAAUUAAACAUAUUAUACUCGUUUUAUCCGGAAAAGGUGGUGUAGGAAAAAGUUCAGUGACAACACAAUUGGCUUUAUGUUUGGUUCAAAAUGGUGGUCAUAAAGUUGGUAUUCUUGACAUUGAUCUUACAGGACCCAGUAUGCCACAUAUGUUAGGUUUAGAUGACAAACAGGUUCAUCAAGCUUCUAAUGGAUGGGUUCCUGUUUAUGCAGACGAAAAUCAAAAAUUAUGUUGCAUGUCAAUUGGAUUCUUAUUACAAAAUAAGAAUGAUUCUAUUGUUUGGCGUGGCCCAAAAAAAAAUGCCAUGAUCAAACAAUUUUUGUCAGAUGUGACUUGGGGUAAUUUGGAUUAUCUUAUUAUUGAUACACCACCUGGAACCUCUGAUGAACAUAUAUCAAUUGUUGAAUACUUAAAAGAUGUUAAUCCUGAUGGUGCAGUCAUAGUUACUACCCCGCAGCUUCCUAUAUUAGGCGUUAUUGAAAAUAUGAGUGGAUUUGUAUGUCCACAUUGUGAGGAAUGUACAAAUUUAUUUUCAACUGGUGGUGGUGAAUCUUUAGCUCAAGAAUUCGAUGUAGAAUUUUUGGGUCGAGUGCCUAUUGAUCCAAGUUUAACAUUAAUGGUUGAAAAUAGUUAUAAUGAUAAUAUUGAAAAUGGUUUGAUUAAAGAAUAUCCAAGUUCAAAUUUAUUUAAAGUUUUUAUUAAUAUUACUAAUAAAUUAGUUGAAAAAGUUACAAAUUAA